GGAAACUUUAAUUUAUAGCGUUUAUAAAUCUUAAUUGUAUCCUACCGCGUCUAGUAUAGUAAAGAUGUCUCUAAUGUUGCGACCGUCGGAUAUAUACUAUUCUCAGAGUAGUAUAAGCAAUCAUUUUUCUUCUCCCUUUGUACAAAUAGGCGAGACUUUGGAUGAUUUAUGCGAAGGGAGGCUUUCAGUAUAUGAUAUCGACUCUAUCACGGUCACAAAAUACAACGGACGCUGGAUCACGUGGGAUAACAGAAGACUUUGGGUAUUUCGCCAAUUGGAAAGACUUGAUAAAUGUCGUAAAAUUCCGGUCGUGCAGACAACAAGUGUUCCUUAUUUUCGUCUAACGUCAAAAUGUGACGGUCACGACAUUAAAGUUAGAGGUGAGCCGGGCGGUAGAUGGUAUAAUAGGUCGUCAUUUGCAGUAGUAAAGACGAUACUUACUGGACUGGGCAUAGGGGCACUGCUAUUGGCUGCAGUUAUUAAAUUUUUAGAUAUGUGAUAAAAGCUUUGUUAUGUGUAUUAUAAGAGACUAAAGUUAAAACUCAUUAUACAUGUGCUGAUUGUUUAAACUUUGUCAGACUUCGUUUCACUCGACU